AUGGGAAAGAACAUAAUUCGUUCAUUCCUCGUCUUCGUCAUAAUCUGGGUCGUCGUUGCGAACGAUGAUCAACGUUUCUUCGUUAAAAGAAGCAUCGUCGGCAACAACUUGUCUGGCAAUCUCGAUUAUCCAGAUUACCCUGCAAAAUACGACGAAUAUCCGAUUGUGGUGCCAAAAAGAGCAGCUCUUUUGUUUGAUCAAUUGAUGAUAGCCUUGCAGAAGGUUGUUGAUCAAGGAAGAGCAGAAAAGGCUUUGACAAGAUCUGCUUCACCGAAUCAAGUUGCCAAUUCACCUUCGGGAAAUGGACAAACGAUGGAUCUUCAGCGACGUGGGCAGGCUAAGGGUCGCGUUUAUUGGCGAUGCUAUUUUAAUGCCGUGACAUGCUUCAAAAAGAAGUAAUAAUAGUAUCCGAUACCAGGUUACUAUUUCAAUCGAUGUAUCAAGUAGUAAAACUAGACAAUUAAUAAAGGCUUAUCUUAACUAAUUCUAUG